GAUGCUAUCAUCAUGCCUUCCAGAUGGAUGAUUAGACGUCGACGCAGGAGACAUUAUCCGAUUCAAAUCAACGCACUACCGAUCACCUCUUCCGCCGCCGUUGUUUCCGGCGACGAAUCGAUCUCCGAUUGCUGAUCUUCCUCUACAGGCGUAAGCCUUGUCAUGGAUCCGUCACACCAGCACGUUGAGCAGUCUCAGGUAACUCUUCCUCGCGACGAUGAUAACGAAGGUACGGAGUCUCGUGAUGUGAUAGUAGGAAACUGCGACGUGGUUACUGAAUUAGGAUUGGGAUCCGGAACCGUUUUUAUUGAGAAUAUAGGUGGUGAUAGUGAUGUUGUUGAUGUUAACAACCUCAAUGAUUUUGAUGAACCUGAUGACGAUGAUCUUGAGGUUCGCGGUAUCACAUCGAUGGGAAGUGAGAUUCGGUUGAUUACAAUCGAAUCUGGAUCUGAUGAUGAUGAUCAUGAUCAUGAGAAUGAGAGGGAGGUGUGGGGGAUUGAUUUGAAUGAUGAUGAUGAUGUUUAUGAUGAUGAUGAUGAUGAUGAUGAUGAUGUGAAUGUGACUAUACCUCUUUGUUGGGAUUCACUCCAAGUAGAAGACCGUGGAGUAGCUGCUGAGGAGUUUGAUUGGGAAGAAGUUGAUGGUGGUGGUGGUUUAGUGGAUGAAAGGGAGAUACUAACCGGUUUUGCAGAAAUCGAUGAAGGUGGUGAUGGCGGUUUGGAGGAUGAAAGGGAGAUAGAGAUACUAACCGGUUUUGCAGAAGCUGACAUCGAUGAGGAUACUUCGGUUUCUAUCUCCAUCUCACCGAUGAUCUCUUCAGAAGGUUUAGCCACAGGGGAAAGAGCAGAGGGCUCGGGGAACAACCUCGAGUGGGAAGUGUUGCUGAACUCUCAUACGCUAGAGAUCAACUUUGAUGUGGGAAACAGAGAGAUCUUUCUUACUGGUGAUAAUGAAGUUAACAUUAAUGCACCCGAGUAUGACAUGUUGUUUGAACAGUUCUCUCAAGCUGGUCUUGCCAAUCUCCGGAGGUUUCCUCCGGCUUCUAGAUCUUUCAUCAAGGAUCUCCCGAUGGUUCAGUUGGACGUUGAGAAGGAUGAAGGUGCCUUCUGUGCGGUUUGCAAAGACGAGAUGGAUAUCGGGACCGAAGCUGUUGGGUUGCCUUGUGAUCAUAAGUACCAUACUGAAUGUAUUGUUCCGUGGCUCAAAACGAGGAACACAUGUCCGGUUUGUCGGUAUGAAUUGCCUACAGAUAAUACAAAGUAUGAGCAAAGGAAGAGCCAGAGAACAACAUCAAGUAGUAGUAAUAUAUGGUAAAUGGAUUUGGUAAGCAUCGUCUAUAUAUAAUUUUGUCUUUAUCUUGAAGAAUAUGUAUAUUCAAUGUUUGGAUUGAGUCAUGCUUCAUCUUUAGUUUAUUUUUAUCUUGUAUCUUCGCCUCAUUGUGUGAGCCAUGUGAUGAUGGUAUAAGCAAUGGAGGAUAGCCUUUAUUAUUGUUUGUUUUUAUCUCAUCUGAGUAAAGCUUGGAUU